CUUAUCUGUGAUUGCAGGGGGGAAGCAGCCCAUCAAUGGUCUUUGCCUGAAACGGUGAGUAAGGAAAGCAAAAGGCUGAGCAUAACUAAAUCUGCCUGUGGAAGAAAUGGCAAACAAUUCUGCAGUACUUUGACCUUGAAUGCAGCUCAAGCAAACCACACUGGCUUCUACAGCUGCAAAUAUCUAGCUGUACCUACUUCAAAGAAGAAGGAAACAGAAUCUGCAAUCUAUAUAUUUAUUAGUGAUACAGGUAGACCUUUCGUAGAGAUGUACAGUGAAAUCCCCGAAAUUAUACACAUGACUGAAGGAAGGGAGCUCAUCAUUCCCUGCCGGGUCACAUCACCUAACAUCACUGUUACUUUAAAAAAGUUUCCACUUGACACUUUGAUCCCUGAUGGAAAACGUGUAAUCUGGGACAGUAGAAAGGGCUUCAUCAUAUCAAAUGCAACGUACAAAGAAAUAGGGCUUCUGACCUGUGAAGCAACAGUCAAUGGACAUUUGUAUAAGACAAACUAUCUCACACAUCGACAAACCAAUACAAUCAUAGAUGUCCAAAUAAGCACACCACGCCCAGUCAAAUUACUUAGAGGCCAUACUCUUAUCCUCAAUUGUACUGCUACCACUCCCUUGAACACAAGAGUUCAAAUGACCUGGAGUUACCCUGAUGAAAAAAAUAAGAGAGCUUCUGUAAGGCGACGAAUUGACCAAAGCAAUUCCCAUGCCAACAUAUUCUACAGUGUUCUUACUAUUGACAAAGUGCAGAACAAAGACAAAGGACUUUAUACUUGUCGUGUAAGGAGUGGACCAUCAUUCAAAUCUGUUAACACCUCAGUGCAUAUAUAUGAUAAAGCCUUCAUCACUGUGAAACAUCGAAAACAGCAGGUGCUCGAAACUGUAGCUGGCAAGCGGUCUUACCGGCUGUCUAUGAAAGUGAAGGCGUUUCCCUCGCCGGAAGUUGUAUGGUUAAAAGAUGGGUUACCUGCGACCGAGAAAUCUGCUCGCUAUUUGACUCGGGGCUAUUCGUUAAUUAUCAAGGAUGUAACUGAAGAGGAUGCAGGGAAUUAUACAAUCUUGCUGAGCAUAAAACAGUCAAAUGUGUUCAAAAACCUCACUGCCACUCUAAUUGUCAAUGUGAAACCCCAGAUUUAUGAAAAGGCCGUGUCAUCAUUUCCAGACCCAGCUCUCUACCCACUGGGCAGCAGACAAAUCCUGACUUGUACCGCAUACGGUAUCCCUCGACCUACAAUCAACUGGUGCUGGCGCCCCUGUAACCAUAAUCAUUCUGAAGCAAGGUAUGACUUUUGUUCCAAUAAUGAAGAGUCCUUUAUCCUGGAUCCUGACAGCAACAUAGGAAACAGAAUUGAGAGCAUCACUCAGCGCAUGGCAAUAAUAGAAGGAAAGAAUAAGACGGCUAGCACCUUGGUUGUGGCUGACUCUAGAAUUUCUGGAAUCUACAGUUGCAUAGCUUCCAAUAAAGUUGGGACGGUGGGAAGAAACAUAAGCUUUUAUAUCACAGAUGUGCCAAAUGGGUUUCACGUUAACUUGGAAAAAAUGCCGACGGAAGGAGAGGACCUGAAACUGUCUUGCACAGUUAACAAGUUCUUAUACAGAGAUGUUACUUGGAUUUUACUGCGGACAGUUAAUAACAGAACAAUGCACUACAGUAUUAGCAAGCAAAAAAUGGCCAUCACUAAGGAGCACUCCAUCACUCUUAAUCUUACCAUCAUGAAUGUUUCCCUGGAAGAUUCAGGCACCUAUGCCUGCAGAGCCAGGAAUGUAUACACAGGGGAAGAAAUCCUGCAGAAGAAAGAAGUUACAAUCAGAGAUCAGGAAGCACCAUACCUCCUGCGAAACCUCAGCGAUCACACAGUGGCCAUCAGCAGUUCCACCACUUUAGACUGUCAUGCUAAUGGUGCCCCCGAACCUCAGAUCACUUGGUUUAAAAACAACCACAAAAUACAACAAGAGCCUGGAAUUAUUUUAGGACCAGGAAGCAGCACGCUGUUUAUUGAAAGAGUCACAGAAGAGGAUGAAGGUGUCUAUCACUGCAAAGCCACCAACCAGAAGGGCUCCGUGGAAAGUUCAGCAUACCUCACUGUUCAAGGAACCUCGGACAAGUCUAAUCUGGAGCUGAUCACUCUAACAUGCACCUGUGUGGCUGCGACUCUCUUCUGGCUCCUAUUAACCCUCUUUAUCCGAAAAAUGAAAAGGUCUUCUUCUGAAAUAAAGACUGACUACCUAUCGAUUAUAAUGGACCCCGAUGAAGUUCCCCUGGAUGAGCAGUGUGAGAGGCUCCCUUAUGAUGCCAGCAAGUGGGAGUUUGCCCGGGAGAGACUUAAACUGGGCAAAUCACUUGGAAGAGGGGCUUUUGGAAAAGUGGUUCAAGCAUCAGCAUUUGGCAUUAAGAAAUCACCUACAUGCCGGACUGUGGCUGUGAAAAUGCUGAAAGAGGGGGCCACGGCCAGCGAGUACAAAGCUCUGAUGACUGAGCUCAAAAUCUUGACCCACAUUGGCCACCAUCUGAACGUGGUUAACCUGCUGGGAGCCUGCACCAAGCAAGGAGGGCCUCUGAUGGUGAUUGUUGAAUACUGCAAAUAUGGAAAUCUAUCCAACUACCUCAAGAGCAAACGUGACUUAUUUUUUCUCAACAAGGAUGCAGCAUUACACAUGGAGCCUAAGAAAGAAAAAAUGGAGCCAGGCCUGGAACAAGGCAAGAAACCAAGACUAGAUAGUGUCACCAGCAGUGAGAGCUUUGCGAGCUCCGGGUUUCAGGAAGAUAAAAGUCUGAGUGAUGUUGAGGAAGAGGAGGAUUCUGAUGGUUUCUACAAGGAGCCCAUCACUAUGGAAGAUCUGAUUUCUUACAGUUUUCAAGUGGCCAGAGGCAUGGAGUUCCUGUCUUCCAGAAAGUGCAUUCAUCGGGACCUGGCAGCGAGAAACAUUCUUUUAUCUGAGAACAAUGUGGUGAAGAUUUGUGAUUUUGGCCUCGCCCGGGAUAUUUAUAAGAACCCCGAUUAUGUGAGAAAAGGAGAUACUCGACUUCCUCUGAAAUGGAUGGCUCCUGAAUCUAUCUUUGACAAAAUCUACAGCACCAAGAGCGACGUGUGGUCUUACGGAGUAUUGCUGUGGGAAAUCUUCUCCUUAGGCGGGUCUCCAUACCCAGGAGUACAAAUGGAUGAGGACUUUUGCAGUCGCCUGAGGGAAGGCAUGAGGAUGAGAGCUCCUGAGUACUCUACUCCUGAAAUCUAUCAGAUCAUGCUGGACUGCUGGCACAGAGACCCAAAAGAAAGGCCAAGAUUUGCAGAACUUGUGGAAAAACUGGGUGAUUUGCUUCAAGCAAAUGUACAACAGGAUGGUAAAGACUACAUCCCAAUCAAUGCCAUACUGACAGGAAAUAGUGGGUUUACAUACUCAACUCCUGCCUUCUCUGAGGACUUCUUCAAGGAAGGUAUUUCGGCUCCGAAGUUUAAUUCAGAAAGCUCUGAUGAUGUCAGAUAUGUAAAUGCUUUCAAGUUCAUGAGCCUGGAAAGAAUCAAAACCUUUGAAGAACUUUUACCAAAUGCCACCUCCAUGUUUGAUGACUACCAGGGGGACAGCAGCACUCUGUUGGCCUCUCCCAUGCUGAAGCGCUUCACCUGGACUGACAGCAAACCCAAGGCCUCGCUCAAGAUUGACUUGAGAGUCACCAGUAAAAGUAAGGAGUCGGGGCUUUCUGAUGCCAGCAGGCCCAGUUUCUGCCAUUCCAGCUGUGGGCACAUCAGCGAAGGCAAGCGCAGGUUCACCUACGACAACGCUGAGCUGGAAAGGAAAAUCGCGUGCUGCUCCCCGCCCCCAGACUACAACUCGGUGGUCCUGUACUCCACCCCACCCGUCUAGAGUUUGACACAAAGCCUUAUUUCUAGAAGCACAUGUGUAUUUAUACCCCCGGGAAACUAGCUUUUGCCAGUAUUAUGCAUAUGUAAGUUUACACCUUGACCUUUCCAUGGGAGCCAGCUGCUUUUUGUGAUUUUUUAAUAGUGCUUUUUUUUUUUUUUUUUUGACUAACAAGAAUGUAACUCCAGAUAGAGAAAUAGUGACAAGUGAAGAACACUACUGCUAAAUCCUCAUGUUACUCAGUGUUAGAGAAAUCCUUCCUAAGCCCGAUGACUGCCCUGCUCCAACCUCCGCCACCUCAGGGCACACAGGACUAGUUUGAUUCAGGAGCCGCACUGAUCACCCAAUGCAUCAUGGACCCCACUAGGCCAGCCCCGCAGCCCAAAACCCAGGGCAACAAGCCCGUUAGCCCCAAGGAUCACUGGCUGGCCGGAGCAACAUUUCAGGAGUCCUUUAGCAGGCCUAAGACGUGAGGAGGAAAAGGAAAAAGGCAGAAAGCAAGGGAGAAAAGAGAAACCGGGAGAAGGCAUGAGAAAGAAUUUGAGACUCACCAUGUGGGUGGGGAGGGGGACGGGGCUCAGCAAUGCCAUUUCAGUGGCUUCCCAGCUCACCCUUCUAUAUUUGAGGGCCCAGCCAGGACCAGAUGGGACAGAGAUGAGGGGACAUUUUCUGGAUUCUGGGAGGCAAGAAAAGGACAAAUACCUUUUUUGGAACUAAAGCAAAUUUUAGAACUUUA